GAACGCCUUCCUCACUCCCCAUCUCGCACUCGUGCGCCACGACAGCUCGAGCUCUCAUCAGCAGUGCGCCACUGUUACAGCUGUUGUAGCUAGCUUGUACGGCCCUGCUUGUUUGGUUCACGGAUUGGUCGCUCGCUCUGCUCUGCUUAUUUGCUUGGCCCAGCUCUGCUCUGUUUCUUGGCAAUGGUGGUCCUCGCGAAGCCGGCGGCUCUGGAGCAGAUCACGCUGCUGAGGACGCCGGAGCCGUGGGAGAGCUUCUCGGGCGUCCCGGCCGUGGACCUGUCCGGCCCCGACGCGGCGGCGGACGUGGUGCGCGCGUGCGAGCGGUUCGGGUUCUUCAGCGUCGUGAACCACGGCGUGCCGGCGGGCGUGGUGGACCGGCUGGAGGCCGAGGCCGUCCGGUUCUUCGCGUCCUCGCAGGCGGAGAAGGACGCGUCGGGCCCCGCCGACCCGUUCGGGUACGGCAGCAAGCGCAUCGGGCGCAAUGGCGACAUGGGGUGGGUCGAGUACCUCCUCCUCGCCAUCGAGCGCGACGCGCUCUCCAAGGCCUCCCCGGCGCCGACGUCCGCGCUGAGGGACGCGAUCAACGCGUACGUGGGCGCCAUGCGCGGGCUGGCGAGGACGGUGCUGGAGAUGGUGGCGGAGGGGCUGGGCGUGUCGCCGCGGGGCGCGCUGGCGGACAUGGUGACGGGCGACGUGGCGAGCGACCAGGUGUUCCGGGUGAACCACUACCCGCCGUGCCCGCUGCUGCAGGGGCUCCCGCCCAACUGCAGCGUCACCGGGUUCGGCGAGCACACGGACCCGCAGCUGGUGUCCAUCCUGCACUCCAACGGCACGCCCGGGCUCCAGGUCGCGCUCCACGACGGGCGCUGGGUGUCCGUCCCGCCCAACCGUGACGCCUUCUUCGUCAACGUCGGCGACUCCCUCCAGGUUCUGACGAACGGGAGGCUGAGGAGCGUGCGGCACCGGGUGGUGGCCGGCAACGGGCUCAAGUCCCGCGUGUCGAUGAUCUACUUCGGCGGGCCACCGCUGGCGCAGAGGAUUGCACCGCUGCCGCAGCUGCUGGCGGGGACGCCCCUCUACAGGGAGUUCACAUGGGGAGAAUACAAGAAGGCGGCCUACCGCUCUCGCCUCGGCGACAACCGGCUGGCCCCCUUCGAGACGCCACUUGUCGCCAUGGCACACGCCGACCACCACCGGUCCUAGCCAAGGACACACAUCGCCGCGACAUACUACCUUGGUAGCUUUCGUACGUGUCGACGUACGUACACAACGGGAGCUGCUGAUUGCUCCGUCCAUGCCGGCCUCCGUAGGCCGUGGCCCAUGGGUGACCUGGCUGGAUGUAGAGCUACGUACCUAAGCUUGGACCGGGAGCGUGGGCGUCCUGCCAUCCUGCAUGCCGUUGCCGCGGUGGCCGGUGCCGGUGGGCGCGGCGCUGGGGCGAACCUCGAUCCUGCCGAUCUGUUUGGUCAAAUGUACAGUAGUAGUAGCACUAGGGAUGGAUCCAUGAACCGAGCUUGCAUUGGCCGGUUCACCGGCCGCUAACAGUUGACACGCGGUGAAAGUUUGGUGUGUGUCGGAGCCUUUCCAACAGGUGUGGUCUGGUUACUAAUGGCUUUGCUAUAUAUGGGCGUAGUGCUCUGCUCUUGUGCUUGUCCUUUGCUGUGCUUUGCUUCAUGUCUGCAUUGCUUUUGUUGCUUCCACUUAUGGUCAUGCCUGUUCGUCCGUGAUUGGGCUGAGCGUAUGACCGUGGUCCUU